AUAAUGCAGUCAUUAAAUUGAAAUUUUUUAUGUAUUUUAAUGUAUUUAAAUAACAAAUCAAUCGUCCAUAAAUCUAUAAUUAUAUUUAUGAAUAGAAAUGUUAACUUAAGAAAAAUUACAAAACUGCUUCAAAAACUUUAAGUAAUUUUUCAUGAUUAUGGAUGUAUUAUUUUGUAAUAUUUUUACCAGAGAAAAUUAAAAAAAUUAACACAAUAUGGACUUUUUCAAUUUUUUUACAGAUUGUUUAAAAAAAAUGAAAUGUGAUGAUACUUUACCUAGAGUAACAUCUCCUCGUAUGUACAAUGAAGGAAACAUAACAUUUGAAGGAUUAAUGAUGAUUUUUGCCUGGUUUUCUACAUAUUUGCAAUAUUUAAAUAUUUAUAGAUCAGUAUGGUGGUUACCAAAUUCUAACUACACAUUAUGGAAAAUACAUUUAAUUGAUUACCAAGUUGUCAUUUUUAUACUAGUUAUGCAUUGUAGAAGAUUUGUUUAUUGCUUGAUUACUUGGGUUUUUCACAUUUUAUGCCCACAAAACUAUUGGAAAUUCAUUAGACUUAUUAUAAGACUUUUUGUAACUGUUACAUUAUCUAUCAUAUUAGCUCUACUGGCUUUUGAUCUUUAUUUAAAAUAUGAUUAUGUGAUAAUUAUUUAUUUAUUUAUGCCAGUUAUAGGUUAUUUGUGUUAUUACGGAUUCAAAGCUUGUCCUAUUUUUGAUAUGAUGUGUGUGAGUGAAAAAGAAAUUUUCAUCAAUGGAAAACCCUAUAUUCAAUAUACUCAUAUCCAUUUGUGUUCAUCAAACCCAAAAACUAUUCGUUCUGAGGUGGAACAUAUGAGGGAAGAUUUUAAUAGCAGGAUGACACAAAUAUUAUUUUCAUCCUUCUUUUCUGCUUAUUAUUCUUGUUUUCUACCAUUAGUAUUUGUACAAACAUAUGUAAUUUAUGAAGAACAAUGGGUAUUAAUGCAUUUUACAUUUGUAAUGAUAACAAUGGGUAUGAUGUUAUGCAUUCAUUACUAUCCAGUUAAAUAUUUUGAUAACUUGCAUAAAGCAGCUAUACACUUAGGUCGAUGGAAAAGAGUUAAACUUGACAGACCACACAUGCCUAUUCAUUUGUGGUCAGAAGAAGUACUAUGGCAACAAGGAUCAUUAGUACGCCAUAAUCAAUGUUUAUACAAAGCCGAAGGAGUUUCUAAUGUUGCAGAACCUGGGAACAAUGCUGAUAAAAUGUUUUAUGCAAUGUUUAGCAAUCCUUCAGAAACAGUAUUUUUUACAUUAGCGUGUAUUCAAGUAUUAUUUAUGGUGUUCCUAAUAACAACACUAGUUAUAAGUUUUCAAUGGCAUCAUAUAUUUUACUUAUCAUUUGUAAUGCUUUUAAACUAUGUAACUCUGUGUAAGACUUUAUUUAAUUAUCGAAUGACAGCAAAAGUUUAUAAAUUAUUAAAAGAAAAGUCACAAUAGUUGCAAAAAUUGAUAAAUAUAAACCCAACCUCUUUUAAUUAAUUUUAUAUUUAGUAAGAUAUACUAAAGUUUUUUUUCUCUCAAAUAUUAUACAAAAUGCCUUGAACAUAUUUAGUAGUGUUUGCAAAAUUAUUUAUUAGAAUCUAAUCAACA